UCUAUAAAUUUCUAUUUUUGUGUUCUUCAUACUGGUGUGGUCGCUAUAAUCCCAAAGUACCUUUACAUUUAUAGAACUCCUGAAAUCCUGCAGUAAGAUUCAUCAAUAAUUUUCCCGUAGCGAAGCAUGGGUAUUCUGCUAGUUUUGCAUUAGAGCGAAACCCAUUCCGUCUUUUGAGCUAUCGCAUUGUAACACAAUUUGUUUGUUUUCAUCAAAAUGAGCUAGUACCGGUGCACUACUGAUCAGUACUUUUAAGUUAUUCAAAGCUUUUUGAUUCUUCGGCAUCCACAAAAACGCAACAUCUUUCCUUAGUAACUCUCUUAGAGGACUCGUUACUUCUGCCAUGUUUGGAAUAAAAUCACGAACAAAAUUGAAAAGCCACAAUAAUCUUUACAAUUUUUUUUUGUUUUUGGGGUUUUGAAGCCCACUGAUAGCUCUUAACACAGUCUAAGUCAGAAAUGUGUCCUUCUUGUGAAUAAAUUUCACCAAAGUAUUUUACACUUUUAACUUUUUAUUGGAAUUUAGAUUUAUUUAACUUGACAUUACUUUCCCUAGCCUUCUCAAUGACUUGCUUGGGUAUUUCAUCAUGUUCUUUUUCACCACCUUACCAGCAAUUAAGAUAUCAUCAAAGUAUACCAUAACACCUUUAAUAUUUCCAAAAAUCUGCUCAGUAAAUUUUUAAAAAAUUUCAGGUGCCAGAUUCAAUCCGAAUGGUAAACGUAAGAAUUUAUAUGUACCAAAGGGCGUACUAAAAGCACAGUGUUGAGAGGAUUCUUCAUCCAACUCAAUGCUAUAAAAACCAUCUUUAAGAUCAAGUACUGAAAAGGCAGACUUAUUACUCAGUUUAUGAGAAAUGUCUACCAUAGACGGAAUUAAGUGUGGCAAUCUUUAGUUGCUUGAUUUAGAUCAGUCGGGUCAAUACAUGGCCUAAUAUUUCCAUUAGGUUUCUCAACCACCACAAGAUUACUUACAAAGCUGUUAGGGUUAUCUAACUUACAAAUAAUAUUUUGUUUUUCUAGUUCAUUUAGAGCAUAUUGUACUUUGGGCUGAAUUGUCAAAGGGAUUCGUCUAGGUGGCUUAACUGUUACCUUAACACUAGGAUCGAUAUCAAAAUGACAUUUAACCUUGAACUUUCCAAUGCCAUCAAACACAUCAAUAUUAGAAUUAACAAACUCUUGUUUGGUCAGAUCAGUCUGAAUUUUAUUUACUGAAACAUCAUCUACUUUUUUAAUCAAAUCAAACCUUUUGCAGCUAUCUAGGCCUAAAAUACCUAUGUCACUUUUGGUUUUAGCUAAAACAAACUCUACAAUUUCAUUAUUUCUGGUUAUAGGCCUACAUUUUAAUUUAACUACCCCUUCACAGUCUAUUUUAGAGCCACCAUAAGCUUCAAGAACUACAGAGGUUCUUUCAAGCUUAACUGAUAUAUCAUUACGCUUUAACUUUUCAAAUAAUUCAAGAGGGCAUGUAUUUACCUCUGCUCCAGAGUCUAAUUUAAACAAAACUUUUUCCCUAUCAUUGAGAUCAAGUGUCUCGUAAUAUUGAUUGGUUUUUGGAAUAUGCUUAUAUUUUGAAUUGUAUCUAAAAAAACAGCUUAUCACAUUUUUUAUUACUUUUAGUAUCUUGGCCUACUUGAUUUUCUACAGGGACUGAACCUACACUGGCCACUUGAUUAGCUUUAGACCUAUGUUUACAUAAUAUAGCAAAAUGAUUCAUCUUAUUACAGACAUUACAUUUCUUUCCAUAGGCUGGACAUUCUUUUUUGCCAUGUGUUUUUCCACAUUUUUUACAUGAGUACUUACUAUUUUUAUUUACAUUAUUAAACUUGUGCUUUUCAUACUUAAAAUUAGGCUGUGACUUACUAUGAAAGCUAGCACUAGGCCUACUUGUUUUCCAGUUUGACGAUUGUCCUUGGUGACGAUACACUUGAUCCACUGUGUCAAUCUGACCUUGAUGACAAUCCACUGCAACUGUUUUUCCACCUCCUUGUAGUUCCUUAGCUUGCUCCCGGCCCAUCUCCGUAGCUCUGCACAGCUUGAUCAUCUUUUCUAGGCUUAAGUCUAUUUCUCUAAGCAUCCUUUGUUGCAGUGAUUUAUCUGAUAUACCAAGUAUUAUUCUGUCUCUUAAUAGGCUAUCUUGUUGGUCUCCAAACUCACAAGAUUUAAUGAGGUCGCUUAAGAAGUUGGUAAAGGUUUCUUCUGGAAGCUGGUUUCUCAUAUUAAACUUGAAUCUCUCCAUUACGACAUUAGUCUUAGGGCUGGCAUAGUCCUUGAAAGCUUUAAGGACCUUCUCCUAGUCUUUCUUAUCCUCUUCCGAAAGAUAAAAAAUGUAGAAUAGGUCGACCGCUUCUUCCCCAAUGAGAUUUAACAGCAUAACACAUUUUAUUUCAGAGCCUUUGGUUUCAUGUCCAGACGCUUUCAUAAAUAUUAAGAAGCUCUGUUUGAACCGCUUAAAAUUUUCAUUUAGGUUCCCAUUAAGGGACAAUGGGUUCGGUGGUUUGAACUCCAUCCUAGCCUAUGCUUAUUAUUAAGGUUUAAUCCUUUGUGAUCUUAGAUGUCACUUGAAAGGUUUCACUUACAUGAUUCACUUUAACUCUUAAGAGCUUCUAGCUUAAAUGUAGAAUUCACAACAUACAGUCACAUUGAUGAUAACCUCUAAACUAGGUUAAGUCGUUUUUUAAAUAUAGAAUUCACUACAAUCACACUGCCGAUAACCUCUAAACUAGGUUAAGUCGUUAAAUGUAGAAUUCACUAGCUUUAUUUUGCUUUAUUCACUACAGUCACAUUUCCGAUAACCUCUAAAAUAGGUUAAGUUGUUUUCGCUCUUCUUAAUCCGUUCAGCAUUGUUCUUCUGAGUUUUCCCGCAGCGCCAUGUUAGAUUCCUUCUUCUAUUAUGGGAUUAAUGAUUUAUUAAAUAACAUACACAUUUAAGAAUAACUGAUUUAUUAGGAUAGUUUAGCACACUACAUAUUGUAUAUCUCACACUGAUACAUCGACAACCGGAUCUCUUCUAACAGUCCUUUUCAUAUCCGUUAGUAUCUCAGUGAUACCUUAAUUAACUAGGGUUUACAAAUAUUUUAUUAUAUUAAAUAUACAACAAAUAUAUUCCCAAAAAUAUCUUCUUAGAAUAUUAUUUAUAAAAAUAUAAAGUAGAUCUUGUUUUUUAUUUCCCCUAUUUGCCUUCAAAUCGUAAAAUUAAUGUAGUUUUGUGUACGAAUUGGUUAAGAAAUUAGUUCACGAACUAGGUCAGGAUUCGUGUCUUAAGAUUAGUUUUUUCUAUGGAUGGAAUAUAUGGACAGUUUUACAAUAUCCCUAGCUGUAUAUGAAUGUGAACUACCAUGUUACAGAUGCUACAGCAAUGGACGUGGACUGCAGUGUUACAGAGGCUACAAACAUGGACAUGGACUCCAGUGUUACAGAGGCUACAGACAUGGACGUGGACUACGGAGGCUACAGACAUGGACGUGGACUCCAGUAUUACAGAGGCUACAGACAUGGACGGGGACUCCAGUGUUACAGAGGCUACAGACAUGGACGUGGACUCCAGUGUUACAGAGGCUACAGACAUGGACGUGGACUCCAGUGAUACAGAGGCUACAGACAUGGACGUGGACUACGGAGGCUACAGACAUGGACGUGGACUCCAGUAUUACAGAGGCUACAGACAUGGACGGGGACUCCAGUGUUACAGAGGCUACAGACAUGGACGUGGACUCCAGUGUUACAGAGGCUACAGACAUGGACGUGGACUCCAGUGAUACAGAGGCUACAGACAUGGACGUGGACUCCAGUGUUACAGAUGCUACAGACAUGGACGUGGACUCCAGUGUUACAGAGGCUACAGACAUGGACGGGGACUCCAGUGUUACAGAGGCUACAGACAUGGACGUGGACUCCAGUGUUACAGAGGUUACAGACAUGGACGGGGACUCCAGUGUUACAGAGGCUACAGACAUGGACGUGGACUCCAGUGUUACAGAGGCUACAGACAUGGACGUGGACUCCAGUGUUACAGAGGCUAUAGGCAGGGGCGUGGGCGCCAGUGUUACAGAUGCUACAGACAGGGACGUGGACGCCAGUGUUACAGAGGCUACAGAUACUGAAAGCCUACCAGAGAUUCUAGUAGAAACUCAUGUAACAGUAAAUAGUGAUGUCACACUACCUAAGUGUACUAAACAAACUAGUGAACAGUAAAAAUGUUUCCUAAUUAAUGAAGUAUAGUGAAGUUGUAAUUUUUUUAUUAAAUUUGUAAUUCCCUAGGCCUUUUUUUAUUUUUUUACACCCAUAUAUAAUAUAACAUAAAAGUUGAGCAAUGUAUUAACAAUAUUUAGCAAUAAACCCUGACAAGACAACACAAGUACAUUUUAGCAGAAAAAAAAUUCUACCCACUAGUAUCCCCAAUGUAGCAGUGGCUGAUCAGAUUAAGUUUCUAGGAAUAACUCUAGAUAAUGGACUCACAUGGGCAACCAUGUAAACAACAUCUGCAAUAAAAUCUGCACUGGCGUCUAUGUUGUUAAACGCAUUAAAUGGGUUGGCACUCAGGAAGCGGCAAAAAUGGCAUACUACGCUCUAGUAGAAUCUCAUAUAUUAGAUAUGGUCUUACAAUCUGGGGAAGCUCCUCGGGAAAUCUGAAGAGAGUACUUGUACUACAAAAAAAAGGCAAUUAGGACAAUUGCAAACCUGGAGUCCCAGCAAAGCUGUCGUCAAGCCUAUCAGACCCUAGGCAUACUAACAGUACCUGCGCUCUACAUCUAUGAAGCCAUUUUAUAUGCAGACACACUAAACCUGCAGACUCACAUGGACCUUCACAGCUACCCCACACGCCAUGCCUCUAGAUUCGUCCUACCCCAACAUAGAACAGCCCUCUUCGAGAAAAAACCGUCAUACGUAGGCCAAAAACUGAAAAACCUCCUUCCAGACCACCUCCGGACCCUGACUGGCAACAGACUGAAGAGCUUGCUUAAAGAAUUCCUGUUGAAGAAUCCUGUGUACAAGAUAGAAGAGUUCCUGGAAUUAAUGAACACAUCUCCUUAAUUCUACUUAUUGUAACUUGACAAAUUACUGUUCUUAAUGUUCAUGUAAUAAAUAAAUAAA